CGCCCCGCCUCGCUGGCGGCUUCCUCUGUUCCCUUCUGCAGCUGCCUGCCCCUCCCCUCCGCCGGGCCCCUUCCCCGGGCUUCCCCUCCUCCUCCAGCCCUUCGUUUUCCUUCCCAGUCUGCUGAUUCCUCCCCCUUGCCUGCUCUCUCCCCUCUGCCUGCUCCCCAGAGCGCCCUGCCCCCCCCAUGCCCCACUCCCCCAUGCCCAUGGGGGCCAUGCCCCCGACGGAGCUGCACCCCUUUGAGCGGAUCAUCGUGCUGGUCUCCUGUGUCCUCUCCUUCCUGGGUGCCAGCCUGCUGGUCUUCACCCAUGCCCUUUGGCCCGAGCUGCGGACGCGUCCCCGCCAGCUCCUGCUCUACCUGUCCCUGGCCGACCUCCUUUCGGCCGCCUCCUACUUCUACGGGGUGCUGCAGGACUUCGAGGCGUCCUCGUGGGACUGCGUGCUGCAGGGCGCCCUGUCCACCUUCUCCAACACCAGCUCCUUCUUCUGGACCAUGGCCAUCGCCCUCUACCUGUACAUCACCAUCGUGAGGGGCACGCCUACCGGCAUGGGCCUGCUCUGCUUCUUCCAUGUCAUGAGCUGGGGAGUCCCACUUGGCAUCACGGUGGCUGCUGUCGCUCUGAAGAAGAUUGGUUAUGAUGCAUCGAACGUCUCUGUGGGCUGGUGCUGGAUCAACUUGGAAGCGGAGGAUCGGAUCCUGUGGAUGCUGCUGGCAGGGAAAUUGUGGGAGUUGCUGGCAUAUGUGAUCCUACCAGUCCUUUACAUCCUCAUCAAGAAGCACAUCAGUAGGGCGCGUGCAGCCCUCUCCGAAUAUCGCCCCCUACUGGCCAGGGCUCCUGCCUUUCAGCCCAGGACUUCCAUAGCAGAUAAGAAGUUGAUCCUCAUCCCCCUUAUCUUCAUCUUCCUCCGCAUCUGGAGCACUGUCCGGUUCAUCCUGACCCUCUGCAACUCCUAUGCCGUGCAAAAUUCAGUCCUGGUGGUCCUGCACGGAAUUGGGAACACGUUCCAAGGAGGUGCCAACUGCAUCAUGUUUGUCCUCUGCACCCGUGUGAUCCGGACCCGGCUGCUCUCUUCCCUUUGCUGUGGUUACUACAGAGGCUUGAAUCAGCCUUCGCAGAGCCUAGAGGGGGGUUACCAGCCUGCCGAGCCCUGCAAGAAUAAGGAUGUUGAAAGGACAAAGGCUAAACUCACAAGCACCUGAGCCUUGAAUUUCCAUGGCUGAGUGUGAGACUCCAUCAUUCUCGGGAACUGAAGUACCUCCAAGUGCCUGUAGAGGGAGCCAGCGACCUGAGAAAAAGAAACUCCCUCUUGGACAAUUAACAAGCAGGCCAGGACUGAUGGGGUCUUUAUGGAAAUCUCCCUCCACGGAAUUGAGAUCUCAGCUGCAGCUACCUUAGCUCAAGAUUGCCCCGAAUGCGCUACUGGGUGGCAUCGCAACUUCCAGUCUCAUCGCCACAGCCCUCCUGCGGAGGUUUACCACUUGUGCUGUUUUACUAAGGGGAUUUCUCACCCGACGUGUGGGGUGGAGGGAAAUCCACAAGUGGAAGCACCUUGGACAUGGGAUAUAUUUAUCGCCUGUUACAAGAGGCCUCCUACUCUUCCCUUUGUGGAUGGGGACAAAGUUGGCCAACUUUGUCUUUGUUCUCCUUGGCUGGGAGGUGAGGGGUUGUCUUGGAUGUUUUGCUCCUUUUUCAGGGCCUCAGCAGUUUGUCUUCCUUCUAGAUUUGAGAUGUGAAUGAGCUAGGGUAGCUGCUUGAUUAAAGGUUGGUUCUGUGAACAGUUUGGUACUGAGGGUAGCUAAGUGGGCAAGCAUGUCAACCCAGCCAUCAAGCGACAGCAUAGAUGUAUAGACACAUCUUGUUGCAAAGAUCCUACAUCCAGGUUUUCCUUUUUCCCCAAGGCAUAAUUUGUUGAUAUUAAUGCUCUCCUCCUCCCACCAUGCUUUUUAAAAUCGCAGCUGGGACUUGAGGAAAUGCUGUCCUUUUUGGAAUACGUCCUGUUUACAGCUCCUCGACUUUCCUGAUGCACUUCCAAAAUUUUUAUCUUUUUAACAAAGUCCUUACCGGAUUUCUGUGUCUGUAUAUGGACAGAGAUCUGCUUCCGAUGCAUUUUU